GAUAAUAAAGACACGAAGUUUAAAAAGAAAAAGAGUUUCGACCGUGAUUCUGGUUUGGGGGUAAUGACUGUUGGCAAUAAUUCCCAUCACUUUGCCUCCAUCCAAAAAAAACCUCUCAAGUACGGUUAUUUUGACCAGGAGUCAGAAGGCGAUGGAUUUCAAAAAGAUCGGUUCCGCAGGGGUUCGCUACCCAAUGGUGAUCUAUCUCCUGGGUUGAUCCGUCCAUCAAAGUCGAAGUAUUUGCCAGAGCCUCUGAAUGUAUCCGUGACUUCAUCAUCACGUUCCACACCUUCCCCGAUGGCCACAACACCGCCUCUGGUUUCUAAUAGUCGAAGCGGGUCAAGAGGGUCGCGUCAAUAUCCUCGUGAACGCAAAUUUAGUUCAUCGAAUUCCUCGGAAUCUUCGGCCAGCUGCGAUGAUGGCAUUCGGACGCAUGGUAAUCGUCGUGCGAGUCAAUAUAGUCAAUAUUUGGGCAAAAGUCAAUGUUAUAAUGUUGUCCCCCAAAGCUGGAAUGGCGAAUUAGAUUAUUACGAGGAGAAUUAUUACAACGAUCACGAACCUCGAAACCCAAAACCUUCGAGUACCACCGUCAGACCCGUCAGUCGUGUGCGUAACUUAAGUUUGAAUCUAACGGUCCCUCGUUCAGAUCCUUUCACAAGAAACAUCACCUCAACAAGAAGAGCUAGUGACUGCGCCAUUUCAUCUGGUGCGACUCCAAUAACUGAAAAAGAAAAAAAGUCCAUGAAGAUAGCAGAGUAUCAUAAGUAUCAAGAGGAGAAUAUUGCGGCUCAGUAUCAUAAGUAUCGAGUGAAUCCGUUACCAGUUGCCGGCGAAGAGAUAACACCAGUACGCCCCAUGACACCGACCUUACUACAUAUUCAACAAGAAUACAAAUCGGUGAAUGCAAGGCGUUUUGUUGAUCUAAAUGACGGCGUCAGUUCUCCAGGUCGGCACAAGCGUACAAGUCAGAUUGAAACAUCGAGGCGCAUAAGCAUGACGGAAUCAAACUCUGGCCGGACAAGAAAAAGUCAGUCGUUCACUGCAGGAAAGCCACCUGCCGGUAGGCCAGAGCAUCGCAAAAAUCAAUCCGAGACAACUAUAAUGCAGCAACAGCUUCAUAUGCCAAGAGCCCCUCAACCUCAAAGGCACGCAUCUUCAUCCAUUCAUCUAUCAUCACAAUUUCAAAACUCGGCAACAUCUUUGUCGUCAUCAGGUUCUACCAGCGGCAGCGGUGGACCGCCGACCCCUAACGGCAAACAAUCAAGCGUGUUUGGGAGUUCAAAUACGCCUUCAUCUGUGGACGAUGGAUGCAUAAAAGAUAAGAGAAAAAGGAAUACCUUGAGCGUCGUCAAUAGGCAAUUGUCUGACCAAAAUGGGAUAUAUUGA